UAUUGACAACUUCACACGUUUUUUUUUGUUGCAACUUUGUAUUCACGUGUAUUUAUUUCUGAGAAAAAAGUAAACAUUGCAAAUAUUUCACAAGAAAAAUAAUUAGUUAUUAAAAUUUAACGAAAAUGGUAUCACAGGAACAAAUCAAAGCUAUCGGUUGUGUUUUAAACAAUAAGGAGAGACCAUUGAAGGAAAGAUUUCGUGCAUUGUUUACUUUAAAAAAUAUUGGUGGUGCUGAGGCCAUUGAUGAGAUCAGCCGGGGUUUUGAAGAUGAUUCAGCUUUGCUAAAGCAUGAGUUGGCCUAUUGUCUGGGUCAGAUGCAGGAUAAAAAAGCUUUAGGCAUCUUAACAAAAGUGCUCGAAGAUGUAAAUCAAGAACCUAUGGUAAGACACGAGGCUGCUGAGGCUAUGGGUGCUAUUGGUGCCUCCGACAUUAUACCCAUUUUAGAGAAAUAUAAAAAUGAUCCUGUUGUCGAGGUGGCGGAAACCUGCAGCAUUGCCUUAGAUCGUGUUAAGUGGUUACAAAGUGGCGAGAAUAUUAAAGAUAAUAAUCCCUAUGCCUCAGUAGAUCCUUCUCCACCAGCUGAGCAAAACAAAUCGGUCGAAGAAUUGAAAGCCAUCUACUUGGAUCCCAAAAAUAGUUUAUUCGAUCGUUAUCGUGCCAUGUUCAGUUUGCGUAAUAUGCGUACCGAAGAGUCGGUGCUAGCUAUAACAGAAGGCUUAAAAGAUUCCUCCGCUCUAUUCAGACACGAAGUGGCCUUUGUUUUGGGUCAACUGCAAGAACCCUGCAGUAUUCCCUAUUUGAAAGAGAAUUUAGAAGAUCGUUUAGAAAAUGAAAUGGUACGUCAUGAGUGUGCUGAAGCUUUGGGCGCAAUUGCCUCCCAAGAAUGUAUUGAUAUUUUAAGUCGUUAUGCUGAAGAUGAAAAACGUGUUGUUAAAGAGUCGUGUGUUAUUGCUUUGGAUAUGUGUGAAUAUGAAAAUAGUCCAGAAUUUCAAUAUGCUGAUGGUUUACUGAAUUUGAAUAAAUGAGUGCGACAAAAAUGAGAAGCUGGAACUUUAUUAUAACUAAUCUUUCUUUAAUUGUUAACAUUAUGUACAUAUUGAUUACAUUGAUAAAUAACGAAUAAACUGAUAAUUCGAA